AUGGCGGUGGAUCAAAGUGUCCCGCUGUGGGAGAGGAACGAUGCCAUUAGUGUCAGUAGUCUAAGCCAGAUUGUGGAUUCCUAUGACACCAGCACCCCUCUUCAGGGUAGCUCGUCUUAUUAUCCUGGUUCCAAAUCCGGUUGUAUUACCCUGACAAAUGGUGAUUAUUUCUAUAAUUGGACCGCUAAAACAGAUUCUGCAGAUUUGGAAGAUGACCAGCAAAAUGUACCACCAACCUAUAACCCUGGCGCUGAAGUUGUGGGAGAACUUGGAGUCUACUAUAUUCCCAGAUAUUUAGCUGAGACCUGGAUAUUUGAUAAUAUUGAAAACACUGACAAGGAAGAAUUUACCUGGUCCAAGAAAAUCCCCGAUACCAUUGACUCAUGGGUGUUGACCGGCUUUGCUAUGAACAGUGAAAAGGGUUUGGCGGUGACUGGCGAAGAAACAAAGAUUACCACCAUCAAACCAUUUUUCAUUUCCAUACGGCUGCCAUAUUCCGUUAAGAGAGGUGAGGUCAUCAACACCCCCGCCCUGGUCUUCAAUUAUUUGGACAAAACUCUCGAUGUUGAGGUCACCUUGGAUAAUAGCGACAAUGAAUUUGAGUUUACCGAAAUCACCAACGAAGUAAUUGGCGAUCAAUCACGUACGAAGAUGGUUCGAGUUCCUGCUAUGGAUACCGCAGAAGUUUCCUUUAUGAUCCGCCCUAAAGUUUUGGGCAAUGUCAUGUUGAAGUACACCGCCAUUUCUCCAAUGGCCGGAGAUGUCGUCCACAAAUCGUUGAAGGUUGUACCCGAAGGCAUUACCAAAUAUGGUAAUCGAGCCUUCUUCGUCAAUCUCAACAAGGAGGCAGAAAUGAAAUCGUCCUUUGAACUGGAAUUGCUUGCGGAGAUUAUACCCGAUUCGCAGCAUGUUGAGGUCGGGGUUGUGGGUGAUAUUUUGGGUCCCGUCGUCAAUAAUCUGAAUAAUUUGGUACGCCUACCCAAAAAGGGCGGGGAACAGGCCAUGUCCACUUUGCUGUCGAGUUAUUUGGUUGUGAAAUAUUUGGAGAACAGCAAACGCCUGACCCCCAAUAUGGAAACGAAGUUACUUUACAACAUGGAAACUGGCUACCAACACAUGCUCAACUAUCGCCAUCCCGAUGGCUCCUUUAGCUCCUUUGGACCCCACAGACUUAAUGACCAGGUGAAUAAUGGUUCCACCUGGCUGACAGCCUAUGUGACCAGAUCCCUAAUCCAAUUGCAGCACUACGUCAAAGUUUAUCCGAAAUUCAUUGAAAACUCCUUGGAAUACCUGGUCCAUCAACAGGCCAAAAAUGGUUCAUUUACCGAUAAAUCUCAAGACUUCUUCUUCUAUGCAGAUCAAGGCAAUCACGUGUCCCUCACAAGUUCUGUCCUAUUGGCCCUGCUGGAAAAUAAGACCUAUGCUGAGAAAUAUUCGCAAGAAAUCACAAAGGCUUUGGAGUUCAUUAACGAAAAUUCGGAGAAAUCUGAAUCCCUUCAUGCCCAGGCAAUUGCAACCUAUACCCUGGAUAGGGCCCACCACACCAUGGCUGGAGAAAAGUUGACAAAAUUGAAUUCAUUGGCCGUAACUGAUGGUGAUCGUAAAUGGUGGUCCAAUGGACCACUAAAGUUUAUUGUCGAUAGCACUGAUGUCGAAAUUAGCUUAUAUGCCCUGCUAAACCUGCUCAAUCAACCCUCACCCAAUAUGGAUGAAAUCCUGCCGAUAAUUAGAUGGCUUAUUGCCCAGCGUAAUAGCUAUGGUGGUUUUAUCUCCACCCAGGACACUGUGUUGGGUCUACAGGCUCUUAUAAAAUUCGCAAAAUUGGCUGACUAUGAACCGGCAAAAAUGAUCGUGGACAUAGCCUCCAAGGGUGCCGACAAAGAGAAACAGGAAACCCUCAAGCUCACCGAGGAAAAUGAUAUUCUCUAUCAAAAUGUGGAGAUGCCCGAUACAACCAAAUGCGUGGAGUUCUCAGCCAAGGGUAGUGGCGCAGCCAUGGUCCAAAUAGCCUAUCAAUGUGAUAUCCUGGAAAAGGAACAGACCAGUUUUGAGAUUACCACAGAGAAACAAAAGCCCGGUCAAAAAUCCCCCCUGCUAAUGAAUGUCUGUGUGGAAUAUAAGGGUGAGGGUGAAACUUCGAAUAUGGCCGUGUUGGAAAUUAAUAACCCUUCCGGAUAUGUGGUAGAAGACCACAGGCUGUACGCGAUCAAGGAGGAUGUGCAGAGAGUUAGUAGCGUUGAAUUGAAAAAUUUCAACUCGCUGCUGGUGAUCUACUUCGAUCAUUUGUAUAAGGAUGAAAAGACCUGCAUUCUGUAUGAAUAUUUAAAGGUCCAAAAUAAUAAUUUAAAAAGUCCUAGCCUAUUGAUAGGCCUCCAAAAAUAUCCUUAA